CUCUGGAGGAGGGGCUUUCUUGGAAGGCUGUCACAGGACUCUCACUACCCCCAUGGAAAGGAGUAAAGGAUGGUUAGAAGUUAGAGGAAGGCGAGCGGCGAUUGUCCUGAGAGAGGCAGUGGCCACAUUUCGACAGAGCCUGUUCUCCUGACGGCAGAGUAACGACCCAGACUCGCAUGACUGCUCCUCCUCAAGGAUUCAUGUAGAACCGCUAGCCGCUUGUUGUAGAUAGUUUAAAAAAAAAAAUAAAAUAAAGUAAACGCAGCACUGCGAUAGCUUGUAGCAGCGUUUUAGUUCAUUUUUAUUUGAAACACACACAACGUUUUAAAUGCAACGCUGUUUGAUAUAUGAGAAGACCAUGGCAGCCGAGACGAGGAACGGCGGGAGUUCACUGAACAACAAUAACUGCAAAGACCACCGCAGGAGAAAGUUACUGGUCGGAGUGGAUCUCUUCUGCUUGUUCUUAGCUGGCCUGCCUUUCUUGGUCAUAGAGACCAGUGCUGUUCAGCCUUACCGUAGAGGGUUUUACUGCGAUGAUGAGUCCAUCAAGUACCCGGCCAAAAAUGGAGACACCAUUAGCGACGGUGUGCUUAGCGCUGCUGGCAUUCUUAUCACCAUCCUCUCUAUCCGCGGUUGGAUGGUGUCUUGCCUCGUGGCAUGGCUUCUCCAUCAGGUCUCCCUCCUCCUGGAGAGCAGACUACUCUACGGGCUUGGGGCCACAGGGGUUUUCAUGAUAAUCAUUGGAGAAAGCUACAGGAUCUACUUUCUAAAUGAGGGAUCCAAGUCUUUUGUAGGGAACCCCUACAUUUCUGCUCUUUACAAGCAGGUUGGAGUGUUCAUCUUUGGCUGUGCCAUCAGUCAGUCCUUCACUGACAUUGCUAAAGUGUCAGUGGGCCGCAUGCGCCCACACUUCCUUGAUGUGUGCAAACCUGACUUCUCCACUAUCAACUGCUCCCUGGGCUACAUCACUGACUACCAGUGUCAGGGGCCAGAGAGCAAAGUUCAAGAGGCCAGGAAGUCUUUCUUCUCUGGACAUGCAUCGUUCUCAAUGUACACCAUGCUUUAUCUGGUGUUUUACCUGCAGUCUCGUUUCACCUGGCAUGGAGCCCGUCUGCUGCGCCCUCUGACCCAGUUCACCCUCAUCAUGAUGUCUUUCUACACCGGCUUGUCACGUGUGUCUGAUCACAAGCAUCAUCCUACUGAUGUCCUGGCUGGUUUUGUACAGGGAGCCCUGGUGGCCUACUGCAUAGUAUUCUUUGUGUCAGACUUGUUCAAGCCCAAAGGUAGACGUUCCACCCUUUUGCCAACUCCAGUGAAGAAAGAUCUUGUUCCUCCGGCAGACAUCAGAGAACGAAGCAACCAUCUCAUCAUGGCAUAGAGAGGACUGCAAACUGACUGUAUAUAACCCUGACCUGUGCCAUUCAAAUAACUACUAUAGCCACUGGUCAAUACUGGAUAAAACAAACUCCAACAAUCUGGAUAAUGCAGACAAAUAUGGAUCUUGAACAUCUCAAAAGACGAGAGGAGGUUUCGGAAAAACAGUCAAGCAAAUUAUGCUUUCUCAAUGGAAAUUUUCAUCUUUUUCCUCAGUCUCGCCAGAGAAUUUAAUGUGGAAAAGAGAGAAAACCAGGGUUUUUAGUCCCUGUUCUCCUGUCAUGCAAGCCUUGUAGAUUCUCCUCUGUCAAGGCCUUUCCAUGGACUCAAGUCUGAAAUGAAGCAAAACCAAGAAAUGGCAGCUGUAAACAAAGCUCUGUGUAGCUUUUGUGCAUUCUUCCCUCAGCUGCCAGCAUGGGAGCUAUACUCAGAUUCCUGCCACUUGCUCACUGUGUGACUAAUGCAAACAAAGCACGAGAAAAAAACAAAUUCCUUGAUUUCAGGAAGGAUAUUGUUUAAGUUUGGUUUUAUUGCAAACAUAAGCAUUAUAUGUGUGUGUGAUUUAUAGCACUAUUUUAGCUAAACUCAGUACUGUUUGUCACCACUUGAAUGAUCCUGAAGUGAAGCUUUUGGAAAGCUUUGUAAGCCUUUGUAAGCUUUUAUUAUGUCCAUAAUGUAGUGUUCCUUAGAAUGUGCACAUGAGUUAUAGUAGGUGGAAAAUACAGUGAGGGGGUAUGUGUUGGAUGUGGGCCUCUUUCUGCUGGCUAGGACGAGCCCCCACUGAGCCAUUUAAUGAAAUGACCGUGUUGUAUGUACCAGACGGGUGCUCACAAAUGUUAGGUCAGAGUGUGAGUGUGUGAGCGUCGGGUGUGUCCAUUUUUUUUAUGCUUGUGUGCAUGUCUGUGUGUGUUUGGGUGAGGCCUUUCUUUGUGUCUGCCAAUGUGUCUUAAUGUCAUGUCUAUAUAUUUCAGUGUUCAUAGCCUACAAGUGUGCCUCUCUCCAGCCAGAGAACAGGCACCUGCUCCACCAGACACAUGUAAUUUGAGACUGGAACACUGUGGGAAAAAAAGCAUCAUAUACAGUACAUGUAUUUUACUGUUACUAAUCAAAGUGAUUAUUCACAUCACUGAGAAUUCCUGUGGUAUACUGUAUGCUAUACCGACAUAUAUACUUAAAAGCAAGACAGGGACAAGAGCAGUGGUUAGGUACAGUAGCUUUUCAGUACCAAAGCACAAUUUAUCAAAACUGUUUAAAAAAAAAAACAGAAACAAUUUUAAAAUUUUGGCACUUUGUAACUGCUUAGUAUCUUAUAAAGUCUUGUAAAGUAAUACAACAGUGUCAGUGAGGCUGUGCAUUAUAAUACAUGAAAAUCAUUACAUUGAAUUUUAAAGUAAUGAUCAUGCUAAUAUGUUUGUGUGUUAUUGAUGUCAUUAACUUUUUAGCAAAAAAAUAAUGAUACUUAAAGCCACUGAUUGAAAGCAUCGUCUGAAUUCAGUUUUAAGUCAAUGAGACAAUCUUUGAUCUGAUGCUUAUAGGGAAACUAGUCCUGUUCUUUCUUCAUACAUGUCUUGAAAAUCUACUAUAUACAGUAUCAGAAAAUUUUGCAUGGUACCGUACAUUGUACAAUACUGUACUGUGUAUAUAUACAGUGUAUCCUCUGAAGAAACACCCACUAUGACUUUGUGUCGAGACCUGUGUAAAUGUAAAACAUGCUGCUUUAAAGAGGCAACGCUUGGCAGACGUCAUCCAGUAAAGUUGACUUGUGAAUAUUAAUUUCUAUUAAAAAAAAACAAAGCUCUCAAAGUAGAUAGCUUCAGUACAUUUUUAUUAAAAAUGCCUUUCAUUAUUUUUGUAAUGUGAAAUUUUUGUACAAUGAAACUGUAAGACAUCAAAGACAAAGUGUCUUUAA